CCCGCAGAUCGCAAGCCGCGUGGGCAGCGGCACGAGCCACCCGAUACGCGAUCGAUCUUCCUUCGAUACCGAUCUGCCAACCGGCCCUCGCGUAACCCUUCGCCGCGUACUCUUCGUCAGCAGUCAGCAGCGGUAUCGCGCGUCCGGAUGCUUCGGAGUCGUUCUCUGGUGAUCCGGGGAUUUGCGACACGAUCGUGAGAGAGAGAGAGAGAGAGAGAGAGAGAGAGAGAGAGAGAGAAAGAUCGCGACGGUGCGAUCGGUCUCUCCUUUUUUGAUCGGUGAACGUUCCUGCGCGAAUCGCUCGCUCGCUCGCUCGCUCGCAUCCGUUUGUCGUCCGCUCGGUAAUCGGUACCGAUAUGCGCGUACAAAGCACGAGGGGACGGUGGACCGUCCUCACCGGUUUCGCCAUAGUUUGCGUGGUUAAUUUGCGAUUAGCUUUCUGCGAGGAGUCGGGGAACGAGGAACCGCGACAGCACACGUGCUGCGCCCGACACGAGAAGAUGAUCGACGUCGGAUACGGAACAUCCGGGGAAGUUAUCCAAAUCGACGCCGGACACUGCCGGAAAUUAUGCCCGCGACAAGUGUCCGACGAUCCCGGGGAUGCGAGCCGACCAGCGGUGCAGAAAUGUUCAACGGACUCCCAUUGUCGCGCGAGGGCCGCCAAGCUGGAGCGAGUGUCUACGUUGCAGGGUGUUCGCGUAAUCGAGACUAUAGAUGCCUGCGACUGUUCGUCGGAGUCGUCCUGCAGACGGGAAUCCUACAUCCACCAAGUACAUUCCGGCACGCCGCACCAGGCAGUCGUGGACGUCGGAGUUUGCGUCGGUCAUUGCGGCAAAGAUCUGGGUUGCAAACCGGUCCGGAAUAAUACAAUUAGCGCCAAAGGACCAAAUGGUGACGAGAUUUACCAAGUAGUCGAGAAGUGCGGCUGCGCCGGUCAUUGUUAUCGGAUGGACCACAUGGAAACUGUGCUGGAUUAUAGCGAGGUGACGAUCAAAGAAGGCACAAACACGACCGACGUGAGGCCCGUGGUCCGACAAAUAAACGUCGGUCAAUGCGUCGGAACGUGUCCGGGGAACGAGACGGAGACGUGUCUUCUGCGGGACAAAAAGGAGCCGUCCAGGUGCCUAGCCGGCCUGUACUCGAAGCAGCACACUUGCACACCGGCCAGAUUUAAAGUGCACGAGUACAGAACCCGACGAGGAGCGAAGAGGGAAAUAAUUCAAAUCACUCAGUGUGCCUGCGUCUAGACUGAAAUUAUUAUUUCGCCGCGAGUGGUCCUCACGUUCGAAUGGAAAACGUGAAAAAGAGACAGAAAGAAAGCAAAGAUAGAGAGGCGAAGAGAGAGAAGGACAAGAUGCUACACACAUUUUCCGUACACUCAUGUUCCUAGGUACAUCAUGUACAAAUCCACGUGACAAAAUAAAAAUCCACGAUGUUUUUACGAA